UUCUUCCGUCUCUCCCCUUCUCCCAUUUCUCUCCCUUCACUCCCCACUCCCCAAACAAACAAAUGCUCUGAAUUCUCGUUCCCAUUCAGAUUCCUCUCUCCCCUUCGAUUUCAAUGGCCUCCUCCGACAAUUUGGCCAGCGUCGUCAAUCCCUGGGCCUUCCGCUCCUCCUUCCUGGACCCCUGGAUUUCCGAUCCCUUCUCCAGAGACUCCGACGCUCUCACUACGGCGCUCCACAGAUCCCUCGCCGGCGCCGAUUCCCAAGUCAUCACCUCCUUUCUCGAUCUCAUCAAGUCCGACGCCGCGCCUCCCUCCACGCCCUCUGUUUCUGGACUCUCCGCCGGCGGCGCUGCUUCCGAGGCCGAGACGGCGCCGCCGAGGCGCCAGAGAGGCUCGGUACCGCCGUCGGGAGGGAAGGUCUCCAAGCGCAAGUCGCGGGCCUCGAAGCGGAACCACACGACGUUCAUCACGGCCGACGCGGCCAACUUCCGCCAGAUGGUGCAGCAGGUCACCGGCGUCAGAUUCGGGAGCUCGCAGUCGCAGGCUCAGACGGCGCCGAUCCUGAAGCCGGAGCCGCAGAGGCCCGGGGGGCGGCUGCCCGGCGCCGGCGCCCUCCCCACGCUCGACACCUCGGCUUUCUUGCUCAGCCACCACCAGCAGAGCUCCGGGAGCGGAUCUGAGAUUACUGGGCCGGGCCCGCUCGAUUUUGGGCCGGGUUUGGGCAUCGCCAAUGGAGGGCCCAUCGGGUCGGGUUUUGAUACAUUUUCCACUUUUCCCACGCUCGAGUCGUGGAAGGCGGUCAUGUGAUAGAUAGGAUAGUUCAUAGUUAAUUUUUAAUGCCUUUUUUUUUCCUUUUUGGAAAUUAAUUUUUAGUACUUUUUUGUUUUAAUUUUAGUGGAGGAUCUCUCAGGUAGUAAGAUGACGGGGCUGGACAUAAGGUUUUUUUUUUCCCUUUUUUUCUUCCGCUUUUGAAAAUCCAGUGGUGUAAUGUAAUGAUAAUAUAUUAUAAAUAUUAAUGGUACUUUUUCUUUCCCAAA